ACCUGGCGUCGACGACGAUCCAGCCCAAGGCGCACGCCGCCGUGCCGCCGGCCGUGUCCCAGAUCUUCUACGCGCAGACGCCCAUGUGGGCGUCGCUCCUCGCGUUCCUCCUCCUCCGCGAGUCGUUCUCGCCGUCGUCCCAGCUCGGCAUCGCGGCCUUCACGCUGAGCCUCGCCGUCGCCGCGGCGCCCGACGACGCCCUGGCGAAGCUCCUGCCGUCGAAGCAGGAGGCGGCCGAGUCGCCCCGGCCGGAGAACCUAAGCGCCACGGCGCUCAUCGCGCCGCGCGCGGCGACGCCGGCGCUCACGCGCGUGCGCGUGGAGACGCUCAACUUCGGCGAGAUGCUGCAAAACGUCGCGAAGCAGGUCGGCGGCGCGCGCGCCAGCGCCGCGGCGUCGCAGACCGCCGGCGAGAAGCUGAAGGCGUUGCUCGGCAAAGCAGAAGGAGUGGACCCGGCGGAGAUCGCCGCGGCCUGCGCCGACGACGUGCUCUACGAGGACAUGGCGUCGUCGACGUUCAAGGGCCCCGCCGCCGUCGCCGCGUAUUUCACGACCAAGUACCAGGGGUGCCGCAUCGCC